AUGUAAACAAUUUAUCAUUCUUAAAUUCAAUCUUAAAUAAGAAGUAAUUUUUCAACUGCAAGACAAAAAAAGAACAAAUCAUUGUCUUUAUCAUAAUAUACAAGUGAAGAUGAAAUAUCAAGAUAAAUUAGAUUUGAUCCACAAAUACAAUAAUUAGAUUUUAUGUUAAAGAAAAGAACUAUAAAAAAUAAGAAUAUAUCGAUUUUGGAAUCAAAAUUUUAUAAUCCUUUUGAGUUUAAAAUCAAGACUUAUUAGAUGAUAAAUUUGAGAACAAUUCCAAAAAAUGAGAAAGGUGUUAGAAAGGCAGUUACUUCUUAUCGAAAGCAAUUAACACUUAAAGGAAGAGAAAAAAGCUAGUAAACAUAGUGGCAAAGAGUUUCUUAAGAAUUUAGUGAUGCAUAUAUGUGA